CAGCAGACUGUCAGACUGGACGUCAGGGAAAGACUCUGACAGAAGAUCACAGCACACAGCCGGUGAGUUAAGGAUCAGCUGAGUUUGAAACGCCUCAGAGGACUCAGAAGAAGGAAAAAUGACUCUUGCAGCAUACAGAGAGAAGAUGAAGGAGCUCCCUCUAGUGUCUCUCUUCUGCUCAUGCUUCCUACCAGAGCCUCGGGAAAAGCCCACCAAGAAAACACAAGAUGUUGUGGACCUCAACCUGGGCAUCAUUAAAGACAUGGAGGUGAUCGAGCUAAACAAGAGGUCAUCGGGCCAGGCUUUUGAGGUCAUCCUCAGACCUCCAUCCUUUGACGGUCAGAGGGAAUUCCAUCCCACUUUCCCACCUCGCAGAGACCCCUCACUGGAGGAGAUCCAGAAGAAACUGGAUGCAGCCGAAGAGAGAAGAAAGUGUCAGGAAGCUGAACUUCUGAAGCACUUGGCUGAGAAGAGAGAGCAUGAACGAGAGGUGGCCCAGAAAGCCAUAGAGGAACACAACAACUUCAUCAAGAUGGCCAAAGAAAAGCUGGAGCAAAGAAUGGAGAUUAACAAAGAGAACCGGGAGGCCCACAUCGCUGCCAUGCUGGAACGUCUUCAGGAGAAGGACAAGCAUGCUGAGGAGGUGAGAAAAACAAGGAACAGAUGGAGCUGGAAUGGCAGUAGAAUGAUAUGAAUCAAGAGCAUUUCUUGUCCAGAAUUUUCAAGAGAAUCAACAAAACAAGGCCUAGCUAAGAAAGGCUGUUUUUUUUUGGAAUUGGAAAUGAUUCGAAGGCCUAUCAUAUGAUAUUUGAAGAGAAAGAUUCUUCUUGUCUGCUGCCAGGCGAAGCACUGGAUGUUGAAUUGGGAAUCAAUUAGAAAAUGCGAAAAAUUCGUUUGAUUUGUUUGCCGCCAAACUGUGUUCAUGAGUAAAUAUCUAUCCCUAUAGUCUUUAAUAAUGGCUUUGCAUGUACUGAUGGGAUAUAUCAAUAACGAACGACAAAACAGAUGUGUAUUUGUGUUGUACUGCUGUGAAUUAGCUGUUUGUAACAAUGUCAUUCAGUGUGGUCAUUUGUACUUAGUACUGUAGCUUGGCUUUGUAUUUAUGUGUCUUAGUUUGUGUUGGUUUCUUGAAAGGAUCAUUAGCAGAAUAAUUGUUAGUUACCUGACAACAAAUAGUGUAUUAAAUAAAAGUGGCCGAUAUCAACGUUUUAAUGCUUGCAUGCCGUGAUACACAUGAUAAAACUUGUGAAAAGCCA